AUGCGGGUUGCCUUGGAAGCGCAGGCGACCACCGCGCGCUUCUACAGAUACAAUGGCCCUUGCAUCCCCAUAUCCAAGCACCUCAUCGUCAAGGCGAGCCCGUUUGUCCACCUCACCGAAGCCACCACUCUGAGGUUCAUCGCCGAAAAUACCUCCGUGCCAGUGCCCCACGUGCACUGUGCUUUUGUCCACAGGAACCGGGCUUACAUCGUCAUGGAGCGCAUCCAGGAGGGACACAGUAUUUUUGCGCAGCUUCAGCGCAUGCUGCAGGAAAUGAGAAAACUUGCGCCUCCAGGCACGCGGGUCGAGAGCUGCGUCGGCAGCUCCUUGCGCGAUUCCCGCAUUUCCCGGUCUAGACCCCGGUUUGGCCCGUUCAAAUCGAUCCAGGACUUCCACCUCUGGCUCCGUGAGGAUCUCCGGCCGGAGGAGCAUCCAACCCGCAAAGGUGACCAGGACUGGAAGGAAAUCAAAGAGAUGGUGGCCAUGCAGGACAGGCGGUGGCCGCCUCCUGUGUUUACGCAUGGAGACUUGAACCCCUUCAACAUCUUGGUCCGCGGCGACCAGGUCCUAGGUAUCUACACUUCUGUGUGGCACGGGAACCGGGUUCGGCAAGGGUGGCAGGACGUGAUUCCCAAGUUCCUCGAUCCGUGGGCCGAGGAGUUGAGGAUGGAGAUCAUCCGCCAGAAGUGGUGGGGAGAUUUCUAAGCAGUGGUUGCAUACCGCACUUUGACGCCAGCUGGGGAUGGAGCCUGCCUAUGCGGCCGCAGAGCGGCAAUAUAUUGUGGUUCGUAGAUACGUCGACAGACGACGAGAGUUGAAAGGGGAGCAUCCGCAAACGAAACUCGCGACUUCGUUCAUCCGCCUAACCACCGCUAUAUAUGAGUUUGGUUGCUAAAGCCAAUACAUACGUCGUUACCGGUUUGCAAGAUAGCUACACGUAGGUAAUUUUCUCCGGGAUAAUGCAGAGGAAAGGACCGAGGAAGGCAUCUCACUGCUUUCGGGCAAUUUCUUCGAGAGUGCAAAGCAUCACAAAGUGUUCAUAAUUCAAU